GUACGUACGAAACUCUCUUUUAUCCAAAUUUCUACCUUCUAACCUCUAAAAUUACCAUUUUACCAUCUUUAGCUCACUUUAGCUCACUUUAGCUCAGCUCCGUUUAUAAAAGUCAUGUUGCCGAUUCCAACUCGCCAUACUACUAGCAAGGCUUGUGUAUUGGUCCGUACCUAACCUAUAAGCUUUAGUUAUGAGAUCCAUCCCGAGAUCUCAACUAAUAGCAAUUUGCUAUGCAAGGCAAUUAACUAGAUUUUUUCAUGGGACACAUCGAUUAGCCCUACCGUCGAUCCGCUGCGGCGCAUCCAGAAUAUCUAGUCGAUCAUCCCAAUUGCAGCAAAGCCAAUUCCUGCGUGGCUUUUUUAGUUCCCCAAAACAACGACGAAGGGAGACCGAAGCUGGUAAAGGUCCCCUUAUAGUUGUACCCGUGACUCUACUCCUUCUCACCGGUUUACUCAUAUACUCGCUUUAUCCAGACCAAAAGUUUCGCCAGGCUCGCCUUGCCGAACAGGCCAAGAAGGUUCCCAAGGAUGUCCAAGAUGGUUCACAACAACAUCAGACAGAGGAGGCUGCUUGGUCAUCCUUUACCCGCCGGCUCGAAGACUUUGUAAAUGUCACCGAUAUUGAAUGGUCUUCACUAUCUGAUCGCAUCGUCGACAUGAUCCUUCCUGAUUGGUCCAAGGCUAUACCUGUGCAGAUCCGUAAGCUCCAGCGUGAGCUUUCCAUGGCAGACGGGUCGCUGGCUAAGGAGAUAUGGAAGGAGGCUCAUGACCCCUUCAUUCACCCCGAAAUUCAAUACUCUGCCAAGGUGCGCGUCUCGGACGAGCUUUGCGAUGAAGAAAAAGAGUACUUAGCUCGUCGCAAGAAAAUCGCCACGGCGGCGUUAGCCAAGUAUCUUGGACUAGACGAGAAGGAUAUUAAUCCCGACGACGUUCCUACCAUAGCCAUGUGUGGUUCUGGCGGCGGCUUGCGGGCACUAGUCGCAUGCACGGGUUCUCUCCUCGCUACUCAAGAAGAUGGGCUAUUCGACUGCGUAACGUAUACUUCAGGCGUCAGUGGAUCAUGCUGGAUGCAGGCUCUCUACCAUUCGUCUUUGACGAACUGUCGGUUCGAUCGCAUCGUUGACCACUUGAAAGCAAGAUUAGGAGUUCAUAUCGCGUACCCUCCGGCUGCAUUUUCAUCUGUGACAUCGUCUCCAACUAACAAGCUCCUUCUAAGCAGUUUAGUCGAAAAGCUGAAAGGGGAUCCCAAGGGAGCUUUUGGCCUCGUUGACGUGUAUGGGAUUUUAUUAGCAGCAAGGCUUCUAGUGCCGAAAGGCGAGCUCGGCGUUAAUGAGCGAGACUUUAAACUCUCUAACCAAAGAGAAUACAUCAAGUACGGACAAAAUCCCAUGCCAAUCUAUACUGCCGUCCGCCACGAGAUUCCGAGUAUAGCCAACACCAACCAAGGGUCUAAAAGUGGCACCGCCAAUACGGAACAAGCAAAGGAGAUAGCGAAGCAGGAGGCAUGGUUUCAAUGGUUCGAGCUAACCCCUUACGAAUUCUUUUGUGAAGAGUUCAACGCCGGAAUACCAACUUGGGCUCUCGGUCGACGGUUUAAUAACGGGGAGGAUGUUCCCCCGGAGGGUGAUUACUAUCACUUACCGGAGCUCCGUAUGCCCAUUAUGAUGGGUAUCUUCGGUAGCGCUUUUUGCGCUACUCUCAGCCACUAUUAUCGUGAAAUCCGACCACUCGUUAGAAAGUUGACCGGGUUUUCUACACUUGACGGCAUGAUCUAUGGUUAUAAUGAAGACUUGGAAAAGGUUCAUCCGAUCGAUCCAGCACAAAUACCUAAUUUUACUUACAAUAUGGAAGGAAAGCUACGAUUCACGACACCGACAACAAUAUACAAUAAUGAAUACAUACAGUUGAUGGACGCUGGCAUGUCGAAUAACUUGCCCAUUUACCCCCUACUCCGACCUGGUCGAGAUGUCGACAUUAUUGUUGCAUUUGACGCCUCCGCGGAUGUUAAGACGGACAACUGGCUGUCAGUAGCAGACGGGUACGCGCGCCAACGUGGCAUCCAGGGCUGGCCCAUUGGCGCUGGAUGGCCGAGGGAAACAGACUCGACGCAGAAAAUCGAACAGCAGCUGGACGCCGCCCAAGCAGGCUCGCCAGUGGAUGCAGAAAGCAAGGUUCGAGAGGCGCAGCAAGACCAGGCUCAAAGCCACAAUUCGGCCAAGUAUCAACCCGAAGAACCAAGCGCCAAGGCGAAGCACGACGUAUCCCAUCCUGAAGAUUCGGACUUGGGUUAUUGUACGGUGUGGGUAGGCACAACCGAGGAGCGAUCGUCGAAGCCGCCCCCGCCUAUAGCAAAGGCGCUCACGGACGACGCGCUGUCGUGGCAGCUGAUGGAGCCUAAAGCUGGUAUUACCGUGGUGUAUUUGCCAUUCUUGGCAAACCCGAAGGUGGGAGGCGUCAAUCCGGCUGAGAGCGACUACAUGAGCACUUGGAACUUCGUCUACACGCCGGAGCAAGUCGAUAAGGUGGUGGCGCUCGCACGCGCCAACUUCGACGAGGGCAAGGACCGUAUCCGCCGUUGCGUGCGCGCUGUUUACGAGCGCAAGAAAAAGCUACGCGAAGAAGGCGAGGCGGCCGCUAAGAAGGAGGCGUAUAGGCGAUUGAUGCGCUUGGGCAUCGCAGAUAGGCUGGGAGAAGGCGAUCAUUUCAGUUAGCUAUGUCGCUGCUUGAAAUUGAUCUAAUAAUAAUCAGCAGAAAUAUAUCCCCGUUGCCUCCAUGUACAUAAGAUUAGAACCCCCCACCCCAACCUACGAAUUAGAUAGGAGACACAUUUCAACGGAUCAGGGAUUUGGAAAAUAAAGAAGGGAUUUUUUUGAUAC